AAAUUAACGAGUGAGUGUCCAGUCUCCACGGAAACAGAGAAGGAGCAACAUGCUCUGCGCUCCGCCGCAAACGCUGCGUCCGUCGCGGCCGCUCUUGCCCCCACCGCGAUGCUCCGGCAGCACGCAGCCGUCGCCGUCCUCGGCCGGAAACAUCCGGCGGCAGGUGCUCCAGCCCGAGGGCCGCGCGAAGCUGGACCCGCGCUCCGACCGCGACUUCUACGCGUUCCCGCGCCUCGUCAAGCACGUCGACGACGGCUUCCUCGCCACGCUCACCGACCUCUACCGGGAGCGGCUGCGCCCGGAGUCGGACGUGCUGGACCUCAUGAGCUCCUGGGUGAGCCACCUGCCCCCGGAGAUGCUGUUCCGGCGGGUCGUCGGCCACGGGCUCAACGCGCAGGAGCUGGCCAAGAACCCGCGCCUGGACUACUUCUUCGUCAGCGACCUCAACCGGGAGCAGCGGCUGGAGCUCGAGAGCGCCUCCUUCGACGCCGUGCUCUGCACCGUGAGCGUGCAGUACCUGCAAUCGCCUGAAAAAGUUUUCGCGGAGAUCUACCGGGUGCUGAAGCCGGGAGGGGUGUGCAUCGUGAGCUUCAGCAACCGGAUGUUCUACGAGAAGGCGAUCGGCGCGUGGCGGGAGGGGUCCGCCUACAGCCGCGUCCAGCUCGUGACGCAGUACUUCCAGUGCGUCGAAGGGUUCACGCAGCCGGAGGUGGUCAGGAGGCUGCCCCCCUCGGACGCCGGCGGAAAGUCGGGCUCGUCGCCGCUGGAGGCCCUGAUGAGGCUGUUCGGGCAGGCCAACUCUGACCCGUUUUACGCGCUCAUCUCGUACAGAAACUUCAAGCCCAUGUGAAAUCCUUCGAUUCGCCCUUCCCAGCCUACGUAGAAAUGCCAAGAGCAGAAAACAUGUCCCGAUGUUGGUUAUGCAAAUACACUACAACAUAGAGUAUGUAUAUAUACAUACGAAAUACGGAAGUUUCUGUUCGAAACAGUACUGGCACGCUGCCUGUAUGUUACGUGUU